AUGGCCAAAGAGGACCAAGCCCCACCACCACCAUCCAUCCACCCAGCCCAUCCGAGCUUAUUUGGCAGCCAACCCCACCAGCAAGCAAUAUCCCAGCGCCACCCCUAUUCGUCCCCUGGCACCCCCAGCCCAUUCCUGCGGCAGCGAAACCAGUCCCUUCAGCCCAUUCCUACUCUCUCGGCAGCCGAGCCGCCAACCGAAAUGGGUUAUCGAAAGAACGGGCCUAUACGACCUCCACUGCGCUUUCGGCCCCGAAUUCCCAUGACUCAGGUAUUAAAAAAUUGGGAGGAUUUGCGAAAACAAAAAACAAAAAAUGUCCAAGCUUCUUGA